UGUCUGUCUUAUUGCUGUUAGCUUGACGCGUCUCAGGUUGACUUUUUCAGGCUAGCAGGAGGCUAACAGUUUGGCUGUAAACACGGGGAAGGGCUGCAAAUACUAGAGCAGAAACAUAAGUGGAAAUUCCCACUGAACACUGAACUCAACUUCCACUGUUGACUGGGAUCCACAGGAAAAUCCCUGGAGGAGGAGCAACCGAUUCACCCCAGACUUCAUCAUCAUCGUCAUCAUCAUCCUCAUUGUUUGUGGGCUUCAUCAUGGCCGGAGCGCUGAGGAUGACUGAAGCUCAGUACAUCAACGUCUACGACGCUGACCAGCUGCAGCUGAACCUGAUGCCGUAUGACUACAUUCCCCCAGGGGACAUAAAGAUGGAGACCUACAUACCUGAGACAGCUCACGGUCCUUACAUUCAGAUCAUCGAGGAGCCCAAACAGAGGGGCUUUCGUUUCCGUUAUGAGUGUGAGGGUCCAUCCCACGGUGGGCUCCCGGGGGCCUGCAGUGAGAAGAACAGGAGAACCUACCCAACUGUGAAGAUCAAUAACUACGUGGGUCAUGCCCGGGUCGAGGUCCAGCUGGUGACUCACAGUGAUCCUCCUCGCGUGCACGCUCACAGUCUGGUGGGACGUCACUGCACUGAGAAUGGCACGUGCACGCUUGAUGUCGGCCCCAACGACCUCGUGGCCUCUUUCAGUAAUCUGGGGAUCCUCCAUGUGACCAAGAAGGGUGUGGUCGAGGUUCUGACCCGGAGGCUGCGAGAGGAGCGGCGGCGGCAGAAAGGGCCACUCUGUCACCUGACAGAGGUGGAGGAAAACGCCAUUGUGAAGGAAGCCAAGGAGCUGGGGAAGGUGAUGGACCUGAACAUUGUGAGGUUAAAGUUCACCGCCUUCCUGCAGGACAGUAACGGAGGCUUCACCAGAGCACUGAAACCUGUCGUCUCCAACCCCAUCUAUGACAGCAAGUCGCCAAAUGCAUCAAACCUGAAAAUUUCUCGCUUGGAUAAGACGUGUGGCUCGGUGCUGGGAGGAGAUGAGGUCUUCCUGCUCUGUGACAAAGUGCAAAAAGAUGACAUUGAGAUCCGUUUUUACGAGGAAGAUGAUGAGGGAGGCUGGGAAGCCUACGGAGACUUUUCACCCACCGACGUCCACAAACAGUACGCCAUCGUGUUCAAGACGCCGCCGUACCACAGCACGGAGAUUGAGCGGCCUGUCACCGUCUUCCUGCAGCUGAAGAGGAAGAAGGCCGGAGACAGCAGCGACCCCAAACAGUUCACCUACAUCCCACAGGUCCAAGACAAAGAGGAGGUGCUAAGGAAGAAGCAGAAGCCACUCCCACACUACGAGCACUGGAGAGGAGGAGGGAGAGGGGGCGGAGCAGGGGGCUUUGGAGGAGGAGCUGGAGGAGGAGGAGGAGGAGGAGGAGGAUUCCACUUCAACCAGCAGAUGAACGGAGGAGGAACCGGAGACGGGUUCUUCGCCAGCUUCCCUGGGUUUGGAGGAGUGGGAGGGGCUCAGCUCUCAGGCUCCUCCCCUCAGCCACAGACUGGUUCAGCGCUCAGACAGCAGCUGUUUCACAUCGCCGCUGCCCUCAACAGCAGAGCCACUCAGAGCGCCAAACAGACCGCCGCUGCCCUGCUGCAGUACUGCAGCACCGGAGACGUCCGCGUCCUCCUGGUGGUCCAGAGACACCUCUGUGGCAUCCAGGAUGCAAACGGAGACACUCCUUUGCACUUGGCUGUCAUUAACCAGCAGGUUGGUGUGAUCCAGCAGCUGAUCCACAUUCUGCUCAGCAGCCAGCAGCAGAACAUCAUCAACACAGCCAAUCACCUGCAGCAGACUCCUCUCCACCUGGCCGUGAUCACUCACCAGGUGAAGGUGGUGGAGGUGUUGCUGCGCGCGGGGGCGGAUCCCAGCCUUCUGGACCAAGAUGGCCGCAGCCCGCUCCACUUGGCGGCGCUGGCCAGUGAUGACGCCACGCUCCGCUGCUUGCUGGCUCAUUUGGGAGAGCGCCACGCCCACCUGGUGAAUAUGGCGGACUAUCACGGUCUUUAUCCUCUGCACCUUGCGGUGAGGAGAGGCAGCGAGCGCUGCCUCCGCCUGCUGGUGGAGGGCGGAGCCAAAAUCAACGCACCAGAGCACAAGAGUGGAAGCUCCGCCCUGCACAUGGCCGUCAGGGAAAACCUGUUCAAGGUGGCAUGCUUCCUCCUCACAGAGCUGAAGGCCGACGUCAACACCUGCACAUUUGGAGGAAAUACGCCACUACACCUGGCAGCCAGUCUGGGCUCGCCGACGCUCUGCUCCAUGCUGAUUGCUGCAGGCGCGGACAAAAACAUGGAGAACGACGAGCCACUUCUGUUCAGCUCCUCCUCAGACGAGGAACAGGAAGACGAUCGACCAAUCAGAACAGAGCAAGAGGGCGCCUCAGCGCCACUCAACCCUCGCAAGAGACGUGCGGCCGGACACACCCCCCUGGACCUGACCAAAUGUCAGAAGGUGAGGAACCUGUUGACCUCCAGCCAGAGUCCAAAGUCCAGUCGUCAAAGCAACAAGAAGACCAAACCCAGCAGGACAGAAGGUUGGUCUGACGCUGCAGAAGCGGCGCUUCCAGUGUUGGACGAGGACACGCUGAGCCGCCUGGUGGACAUGCUGAGUGUCGGAGACGUUCCCUGGAAGACGUUGGCAGAGAAGCUGGGCAUGAUGACGCUGACUCACCUGUACCAUGACAGCGCUGCGCCCUGCCACCAGCUACUGCACCACUACCAGCUGGGCGGAGGUCCACUUGAAGGUCUGGUGGAGGCGCUUCAGUCUCUGGGUCUGACAGAAGGAGUCCGACUGCUGCGACACCGCGAGCUACAAGACGACAAACACAACACAGAUGCCACGGUGGACAGCGGCUUCAGCAGCCAGCCAAUGGAAGAAGAGGAGCCGCCGGUGGCCAAUCAGUGACCGGCAGGAUUUGACUUCAGGAACGCGUCCUGGAACCAGAACUGUGAUCAGAGACUUUGGUUUUCUGUCAGACUACCAUAUGUCACAUUUUUCAAAUGAAACUGAAAACAACUUAGACAAAAAAAAAAAACGUCACCCUUAAAACAUUUGAGAUUAAUUUAUAUUU